UCAAGCUUCUUCAACUCCAUCAACUCUAUCUUCAGUGGCUGUAUAACAGGCCAAGCCAAUGCAGGAGUCAGUGUCACCAGCCUGACCCUGAAGUAUCACACUUACCAGGUGAGGGUGGGCCAAGGUGGACGGGCUCUCCCAUUCCUCCUGGGUGACACUAUGGGAUUGGAAAAAAGAGCAAAUGAAGGGGUGAGCGUUGAAGAUAUUGACAGCAUCCUGAAGGGCUACAUAAAAGAUGGGUACCAGUUUAACCCUACAAAACCAUGGAGCCAAGAUGGCGAUCAAUGUCACAUUCCACCACUCCAGAAGAGGAUCCACUGUGUGGUGUUUGUGGUAGACGCCUCAAAACUUCCACUUAUGAAUUCAGCCGAAGACAACAGUAAAUUCAUUCAAAUCAGGAACAAAGCUAACCUGCUUGAUGUCCCUGUAAUGGUUCUACUGACCAAUGUGGACAAAGUGUGCCCACACGUGCAAAAGGACUUGAAGAAUGUGUACUGGAGUAACUACUUAAAGGAGCAGUGUCCUUGA